GAUCAACAUUAAUUUACCUUUACAAUUAUUAUUAAUAUGAAGGAUCCUCAAACUGAAGUCGUCUUCUCGCAUGCUGUCAAAUCAUUGCAAAUAAGAAGCGCCGGUUCUCUGAAACGGUGUGCUUUCGAUAGCAAAGUGGCAGCAACCAAAGUAGACAGAAAACGAUUCUUCAACUGUACUGAAAGUCCAGAACAUGGAAACUGGAAGAAAACGCUUGCCAAAAGUUAUAGUGCGCCCAGUUUUUGUAGUGAAGAUCAAAUCCAAGAAGAACAGACGACUCUAAUAGCGAUCUUAGACAAAAUCAUAAGCGACAAAUUGAAAGCAGGUACGCCCAUCCUCACCAAUGUGAUCACCAGGAAAAACAUGAUUUACAUCAAGGCAGAGAAGGUCAAGUUACUUCAACAGUUUGCGGAACACAAAAACAUAAAAGGGAACAAAGAGCUUGCGGCAUUAAAAGUUCGUCCUGUUAAUCUGAAGGUUCCCAAGAAGCAAACAGGUGCUGGUUGUGGACAAGCUGUGAAGCAUGAUCAAAGAGACGUUUUCAUCAAUUGCGUAGUGGUUGUGAAGGUGUUUCUGAAUGGUACUGGAGAUCAAACUGACAAGUCUGUGUCUGUGUGUGUCUCAGUUGUGAACAGAGAUGGCGACAGACAGAAGGUUCAAGAAGGUCAGAAGCUAGUUGUCUCAAUCUAUCUGAAAGAUCCCAAUAAGAAAGAGGUUUACAGACGAGACUUCAAAAUGGACUUUUCUCCUGCGCUGGAGAAGAUGGAAAAAGGAUUGUUUAGUUUCAUAUCAAAGGAAGGGUUUGGGAAAUACGUCAAAAAUGGUGCUGCUCAAUUUGGUGUAUCGAUCACAUUCGGAUCAGGGUAA